UCGACAUCGCAUUGAAGAAGAAAAUUUGAAAACAGACCUACAAGAAAUUUACUAGCUCUGGUUGGCAGCCUUUAAAAGUCAUCUAGCUUGAUAAUGAAUCAGGAUUUUGCUUCAUUACCCUAGAAAUAAAUGAUCAGUACGAGCAAUUCGACGCCGGCGAUGCGCUAGCUCAUGCAAACAAUCGGCUGAUAGAAAGAGACAGACAAUCGGUUGAAGCUGUGCCGAAGGCUGUGGAGGCGGCCAGUUUGACCAUUUUUUGUUGGACCGCUGAUUGUGAAAGAUUACACUUGAGAGUUGAAAUACAUCUUUACAUCACACGUCAGUGGGCACUGAGCUGUCUUCAAAGUAACACGGAUUAGAUACACGCAGUUUUUCCUUACGUAAUUAUGUCUACGUUUAUGCUGUGAUAGUGAAAGACUGAAAUAGUGACAGUCCGGGACUUUUGCAUGUGUUUGAACGUAUUCUUGCGCUUGGAGUAAAUUAGUAUCCUGAUUUAAGUUUUCGGCGUCCAUGGCUGUGUCAACAUUGAAUAUGACACCAUACUUCACCGGGUACUCCUUCCAAGGUCAGGGUCGUAUGAACCAGUUGGGUGGAGUUUUUAUAAAUGGAAGGCCUCUGCCUAACCACAUCAGGCUGAAGAUUGUUGAAAUGGCUGCAGCGGGGGUGAGACCUUGCGUCAUCUCUCGGCAGCUUCGCGUCUCUCAUGGCUGCGUCUCCAAGAUCCUGAAUCGAUAUCAAGAAACUGGGUCGAUCCGGCCUGGUGUGAUUGGGGGAUCAAAGCCGCGAGUAGCGACUCCUGAGGUUGAGAACAGGAUCGAAGAGCUGAAGAGACAAAACCCAGGUAUAUUCUCCUGGGAAAUUAGAGAUAAACUAAUAAAGGAAGGCAUAUGUGAUAAAAACACAGCACCGUCAGUCAGUUCCAUUUCGAGACUCAUAAGAGGAGGCAAAAGGGACGAAUCAGAUCCUAGAAGAAAUCACAGCAUUGAUGGUAUUCUAGGUCCAUCGUCUUGUGAAGACUCAGAUACGGAGUCGGAGCCGGGAAUCCCACUAAAAAGAAAGCAAAGGAGAUCAAGAACCACUUUCUCCGGAGACCAGCUUGAAGCCUUGGAGCGUGCCUUCACUAGAACGCAGUACCCUGAUGUUUACACCAGAGAAGAAUUAGCUCAGAAGACCAAACUCACCGAAGCUAGAGUUCAGGUUUGGUUCUCCAACCGAAGAGCUCGUCUGCGCAAACAACUGAAUUCACAACAACUCAGUGCCUUCAAUACUAUGUCCCUACAAUCCGCUUUCCCAUCCGUCCACCAACAAUAUGAACCUCCAUCGACGUUCAAUGCCCAAUGUGCUUCUUGGCAACAAUCUUAUUCCUCUGCUUUAGGAACAAGUUCAGUACUAAAUUCAGCGUUAGCUCCCUCCCUUCACCAAUCUGCGUUAACUGCUCCUUCUGUCUGUCAGUCCGCUCUUGCAGCUUCGUCCUUACAUCCCCCAACAUCGACGUCAUUUACAUCAGGAAACUUGACGCCUCUAUCUCACUCCUCUGACCUUGCAACGCCGCUUCAACCGUCCACCGAUGCGACACCACCAAGUUCUAGCCCCACAUCUACAAGUCCUUCGGCCAACCAGACCAGUGCAAUCACUUAUCAGCAUUCUACGUAUGGAAAUACGAAUGAGCCAGUAUCGCACCCGUAUGGAUAUGGCGAUUACUCGAAACAAGAACACGCGAUGUCAGCACAUAACCACUGGACCUCGAGGCAACUCAGCGCGCAUCCUCAGAACAAAUUAGCCGAAGUCGGCGCUUGGCCAGAAAAUUACAGUUCGUUCUUUGGCACGAAUGCAUCUCACUACGCUUCGCACGCUCACUCACCGACCGAAGCGAAGUCUGGCUAUCCUUACUUAGGACAACUUGGCGGAAUGGACAUGGGUAGAGUACAUUAGAAGAUUGAACUUUUAUGACAUAAAUACUUCGGAUACCCAUUUUUAUAUACAUUUAAAGUAUAAUAUACACAGUGAUGCAUAUCGUAUGUGCCUUCUUUACAAAAUGUUCGCUAUAAAAAGUAUUCGUAAAAAGUUUAUUAAAGUCACUUAUCAACCAAGACUUAGUUAGUCUUAUCAUUGUGUUAUAUUAUGUGAGUCAUAAUUAAAUAGAUUUAAUAUUAUUCUUCGUCGUAUUAUUCGCGGUUCCUGAAUUGUAAAUUAAUUAUAGGGUCGAAAUUUAUCAUAUAUUUUAGUUGUAGCGUGUUAUUACAUUUCAUAAGUUGUUAAAUAUUGUAUUUUAAUGAGUGAAAAGUUUAGAUAUAUCGAUAACAUUGUAAAAAAUAAGCAAAUUAAAACUCUAUACUCUGGGUGCAAUUGCCAAAUGGUUUCGACAAUCUUAAUUUGCUUUAAAGACGUAAUUACUUUUUUGUGAACGAACUAUUUUCUGAACGAAUUCAAUUAUAGCCUGAGAACUGUUUCAAUGUGGAAAAAAUAAAUUAUAUUGUCAGUGUAUCCAACAGGGAACUAACAUUUUGGCAAUUGUACUAAACAUAUUUUGAUCUUGUGAACACGCCUUAAAUGAAGUUGUGAUUUUUUAAUAAAAUAUUGUAUUUAUUUUAUAGGUACUAUAUUGUAAUUUAGCAAUAAUUUAGUUAAGCACUUUGUAAUAUAACAAUUUAGCCCAAAUAAAUGCUAAAUCAUUUGAA